AUGCUUUUCCUCUUACGACAGGCAAAAUAUGGUGUCGUCGUAGGACAUGGGGAUGACGAAGAAAGCUUGGUUUUCGAGGAUGUGAGAGGAAGGAAGGACGAAGAAGAAGAAUUGGAGGAGUACGAAACCGAAGAAGAUUUCGAUGAUGAUGAUGAUAAUGAUGAGGAUGAGGAUGGGAGUCAAAUGGAGGCGAAUGGUAACGUGGAUUCAUCCUCGAUAUCCACGAUGGAUCUGGCUAGAAAGAGGGCUUCCAUUUAG